UUCCCCAGAUAAGUUGCUGCUCCUUUCGAUCUCUUCCAUCUGCCCCAUCACCUCCUCUUACCCUCCCCCCAUCAUCAACAUGCGCACCACCCUCCCGCUCCGCCUCUCGCGCACGCUUGCGCCCCGCCUCCUCGCCCCGGCCCAAGCCUGUCCCGGCACAUCCUCCAAAACCGUGCCGCAGAAAGACGCCGCCCUCCCCCCCGUGCGGUACCAUGUGUUCCGCACGCCGCUGCCCUAUCCUCAAGGCCUGGAGCUGCAGCACCGCGUCAUCGAAGGUCGGCUGCAGCGGCGGGAGCGCGGCGAGAGCUCGGCGCAAGACGUGAUGUUCCUGCUUGAACACACACCAACAUAUACCACAGGCCGGCGCGACAACUCGCCGAACCCCGACACGCUGCACCCGGAAGAAGAGAAGGUGCAGGACGUCGGCGCGGGCUUCUACAUCACGAAGCGCGGGGGCCAGGUGACGUACCACGGUCCCGGGCAGAUCGUGGGCUACCCCAUCCUCGACCUCACGGCGAUGGGCACCCCGACGCGGUGCUACGUCGAGUACCUCCAGUCCCUGCUGCGUGAAUACGCCGAAGACCUGGGCUUGCCCGUUGUCGCGCCGCACGAGGACGGGCAUGUCGGCGUGUUCCACGGGCGCGAUGAGAAGCUCGCGUCCAUCGGCAUACAUCUCCGACACCGGAUCACGUCGCACGGCUUCGCGAUGAACAUUACGCCCGAGCCCGUGCCGUGGUUCGACCUCGUGACCGCGUGCGGGUUGACGGACGUGCGGGCCGUGAGCGUCGCGCAGCUUCUCGAGCGGCAGGGGAAGCGCGGGCCGAGCGUCGCGGAUUGCGCGGACGCGCUCGUGCCCCGCUUCGCGAAGACGUUUGGGCGCGAGUUUGUGCCCCUCGACGCGGAGGGUGGCGGCGACGAGCUGCGCGCUAUUAGGGAGAUUGUGGCGGACGUCACGGAGCAGGCGGAGACGGCGCAGAGGGAGGCCGGCGGGUGGCCGACGAGGCCGCGUGUCAAGGCGCAGUAGAGUGGUACCAGGCAUGUAUGGCGCAGCUCACGUUGUGGUGUGUGUGUCACUCACAUUUAUGAACACCUCUUCGACGCUCCGCACGUGGCGCCCUGGCAGAAGUGCUACGCCCAAGUAGGUGCGCCCUGCGCAUGCAAUACACUGGUACAAUGUCUAGCGGGUAUCGAAGCCUAGCAAACCGGUGGCGCCCGCGCCACCUAGAAUCCAAAGAUGCGGAAGAUGAGGUACAGCGUGCAGCCGAUGAAG